AUGAAUCAACAACAAUUACAACAACAACAACAUCAGAUGCAACAACAACAGCAACAACAACAGCAGCAACAACAGCAACAACAGCAUCAAAUGCAACAACAACAACAGAGAAUGCACCAACAGAAUAUGCGUGGAAAUAUGGUGGGUGGACAAGUGCAUUCCUCCUAUAUGAACAAUCAACAAUCACAUUCUCGUCUAAAGAGAUACGAGCUAAUACGACCUGAUCGAAAAGAUCUAGGUCCUGGUUUAGGUCCACCCGAUUUCUAUCCACUCGAUUCAACAGCCAAAGAAGAGACUUUAAAAGCAGAUUAUAUAAUUGGUGGAUUUCAAGAGAAUUUCGUUAUGGAUGAUUCGAAAUCAUCUUCAGAUGAAUUUAAAGGUGUAGAUAUUUCAAAGUUGAAAGACAAGUUACUGCAGGCAGUGUACGAAGUGGAGUGGAAAAAAGAUGCGUGUCCACCACGGACUGGACCACCGCCACCGAAAGAGCGACAAGGCACAAAACGUGCAGUUCCCGAGCAGAAUGCAUGGAUGCAAAGCGCAAGAGAUUCUUGGGUUGCAAGACUCGCCGGUAACGAACCACUCUGCAAACUUGCACAAUCCGUUCCACACGGACACAAAGGUGAUUCACUCAUAAAGAUGCUACUGGAGAAUCAGAUUCCAUUGAUUCGUGCCACUUGGUAUACAAAGAUUGUCUAUGGUAAUAUGGUUACAACACCACAACAAUCACAACAAUCAAUAACAAGUACAACAACAACAUCACCAACAAAUAACAACUCUUUUAUAAAGGAACAAAAGUUAUUCUCUAUAUUAUGUACAGUUGCUAAACAGGUUGCUAUUUCACUGCCCGAUGUAUUCAUGUCGUUCAAGAACUACAGGGAGUUGGUCGGAUUCAUUUGGCCAGCGGUGACGACACUCGACCGCUUGGAACAGCUCGAAUCGAAUCAAUCUUCACAAUUCACAUUGAAACUGGCUGUCACACCAGAACACAAAUUCUUAAAACGUUAUUUUUUAGAAACGGAUCUAACAGAAACAAAUAAUAAUAAUAAUAAUAAUAAUAAUAAUAAUAAUAAUAAUAAUAAUAAUAAUAAUAAUAAUCAAUUACAAACAACAACAUCAACAACAACAACAGUUCCAACAAUAUGUAAAAAAGUUUUAGAGAUAUCAGAUAUAAUCGAUGCAUUCGAUCGUUUCAUUUCAAAUAACGAUAUAAGAUUGUUAUAUAAUGAUAUAUUUGGUACUCAAUUAUCAUUGGAGGACGAUAAACCAAAAAUAUUGCUAAUAUGUGAAUGGGCUAUUACCAGUUGUAGAAACAUUCCAUUCAUUCAUAACAUUGCAACCUCUCUUUUGAAACACUAUGAAUCAAAUAUUCAAACUAAAUAUACUGUAAAUCUGACGAGAACCAAUGUAUUCUCACAGAAUUCCUAUGCGAGAUUCCUCAUCUCAAGAGGUAUACUUGAGAAGUUUAAUAAUAAUAAUAAUAAUAAUAAAAGUAUAGAUAAUAAUAAUGAUAACAAUAAUAAUAAUAAUAAUAAUAAUAGUCAAAAUCAUAAAUAUUAUUUAAUGGAAUUCCCAAUAUUUAAUAGUAAUGAUAUACCGACGGCACCGAUACAGCAACAGAGAAAUCAGAGAAGAACUAUACUCUUCCAAUCGUCGAGUUCAAAGCUAUCGGAACAGAUGGAAUCUGUGCGUUCGAUCAUCAAGCAGUUCCUCGACGACAAGAUCGAUACACAGACGGUUCUCUCUCAUUUCCAAGCACUCUCAUUCUACUAUCAGACUUCACUCAUCGAAUGGUUAUCAUUAUGUAUAAGAAUUAAAUUCCCACAAACAUUAGAUAAAAUUAAAUCAACAUCAAAUAUAACAUCGAUCAAUCAAGCACUGAAAGGAUUUCACAAGUUUGAAUUCCCAAUGACAGAACCUUAUAUUUCAAAGUGUUUUCUGUUGAUGGAAUCGAUACAGAGUUACAGUAGUAUCAUUCAAUGUUUGUUGGUGUUCUGGCACAACUUUGACAGUUUACCUGCACUCCACAGACUAAUAAUAACUACAACACAACGAUUGGAGUUACCAUUCAUCUAUACCGAUUGUAUUAAUGAACUUUUAAAUAUUUUAAUCGUUGGAAAUAGCAAUAAUAACAAUAGUAAUGGUAAUGGUAAUGGUAGUAAUAAUGAUAGUAAUAAUGAUAGUAUGAAUGUAGAUAGUAGUGAAACGAUUAAUCAACAACAACAACAACAACAUUCACAAUCACUUAAACAAGUGUAUCUUGUUCAUCUUUUAAAUAAUUAUAAAUCGAUUAAAUCGAUUGAUCAAUGGAUGAAGAUAAAUGGUAUAGCUGUUGGUAGCAACAACAACAACAACAACAGCAAUGCUAAUGGCAAUAAUCAAUCUAAACAACCUACUAUAAAUCUUAUUAAAAGUGAAUUGAAUUUCGAUGAUUCAAUGAAUGAUAAGACAGAGUUGAGAAAUCAAUGUAUUAGCAUAGUCGGUCAGUUACAACAAUCCGUUACGGAAAGUGGUCAACUCGAUCAUUCUGUCAUCUUGCAAUUGGUAGAACAGUUUAAGCCUGACCCAAUAUUCACUCACCAAGAGAUUAUAACUGUAAUGAUUCAAUCUAUCUUUAAAUUGAAUGAACAAAUUCAACCAGAUCAAUUUUUAUGUCAUAGAGCAUUGGCUAUAUUCCUAUCGCAACUAUCGAUUGAAUAUCAUACAUCGAUGAAUCACUUUGAACUACUGAGUAAGUUGUUCAAAGAGUAUCUCGGUCAGUCUGUACAUGCAGCCAAGUCACUGAUUCAGUUGACUGCUUUGUUCGAGUCGGUAUCGUCGUUCCUCAUUGCACUGGUGCUCUCUCACUAUGUCGAUGCACACUAUCUUCUUGCCAACUCACUGCUACCGAUAAUCUAUGAGUUCUUGCCACCUGAACUUCUCUCUAGUCUGCCGGCAUCUUCAACAACAUCAUCGUCGACACCUCAACAACAACAACAAUCUCAAGAUUUAUCAACAUUUAAACUUCAUAAUCUUUGGUUCUUUAUCAAAUUGAUAAUGGUAUUACUGUUCAAUCCGAGCAGUGCAUCCAAGCAGAUCGAAGAGUACAAACAGGAGUUGCACUCCACUUGCUGCAUGGAAAAGACCAGAUCGCUAGGUUUGCUCUUCCCACUCUUUUGUAAACUCUACGAUUACUUUGACAAGUUGGUGAAUAGCGGUGGAUCGACUUCAUCGACCGACGAGUAUCUGCCGAUCUUCAAUGAUGUCAAAUCGAUCUUGACCGAUCCCGACUACAAAUAUGUAUUCCUUACCGACUCACAGAAGCACAUUGAAUCGAUGAAGUCAAUGAAUCUAGAUCCGGUCACCAGUAGAUAUCUAUUUAAUUUGGUAAUGGGUGAUCAACAAUUCUCUGUCGAAUUCAUUCAAUUGCUAUUGUUGCGCCUGCUACUCGAUGAAUGGCAAUCGCUGCCACCACUCACUUCCACACCUCCACUUCGUUCGCCUGUACAGUCACCUAUCCUAACGAAUGUGCAAGCAUCAACCUCAAACACCCCCCAACAACAACAACAACAACAAUCACAACAACAACAACAACAACAACAAUCAUCUAAUACACCUGAAUCUAUUUUAACACAAUUCAUACUUUGUCACUUUGAACAAAACAAAGGCUGGGAAAAGAUAUUCCUCUAUGAGAAACUAUUCCUCUGUCUGCCUCAAACCGUUAGAAACGAGUUGAUCAAACUGACAACCAUCAUUAUGGAAUCGCAAUUCGAAGAAUCUUCAUUCCUGGCACCGGAAACCAAGCUCUAUCUCUUCUCUCAUAUCCUCUCGAAUCUACCGGUGCGAAAGCGUCCGAAUAUCGACCAGCGCGAGAAGAUGAACAACAUUCGUACUUUCACUGUUGAAGCAGCUCAACCAGUUCCUGAACAACACAAAGAUCUACGAUUCCGUCAACUUGCCUUCCAACUCGAUGGACUCGAUCUUGAACUCGCUGUCGAUGCGCGUCUCCUUCCUGGUGCCACUCAUCAACACCAUGAAGUUGUCAAAGGUCGAUUGUCGACUCGAGGACAUCUCCAUAACCCUACUCAAUCUUCUAUCACGUUCCAUUGUGCAGUCGGACGAGGACUACGACUUUUUUGGAGCGAUCCUCACCAUUAUGGAUCUGCUACUCUCGGACAAUGCACUCAUUGUCAAACCACACGAGAUAAAGCCAACCGUCAACCAAAUGGAUCCUUGGUCGUUGUUGGAAGACUUUUCAGACACUCCGAUGUCGCCCUCUACGUUUGGCGGUGUUCGAAUGGAGCGAAAGGAUCUUACCUACAUAAAGUCGUCGUUUCCUAUCAAACAGUCGACAGCGACCAACAUGAUCCUAUCGGAACCGACCUCGCCAAUGGAGAUUGGAAACUCGAAUCAACCGACUCCAUCACCUCAGAACUUUCAUAA